AUGAGUCCCAAUGUCUAUGAGGAUAAGAUUUUCGAAACUCUCAAUAUCAGAAACGAUCCAUUGGAACCUGAUAAUAAAAUUCCAAAAUUAGGUAAUGAGAGGCGCGAAGCUAAAAGUUCCAAACAGCAUGUAACUGUUAAACUUAUUAAGAAGUACAAGCAUUUAAUGUACUUAAAUUGGUUGUCGCAAAAUGAAAUGAUUGCAGUUGAAGUUAAACCCUUAAGUUUAACCGAACAACUACCACCAUGCCUUAAACAAAACUUAUUUGGUACAAAAUAAUUUUGUUUCGACAAUUUUUUUUAACAAAUAAUAAAUAUUCUUUAAAAAGA